CCCUCCCCCCGCCGGUAGUAGUAGUAGCAGCAGCAGCAGCACUACUGCAGCUCUCCGGCCAUUGGACACAUUCCCCGUACCAUGCCUUCCCCAAUCCCCGUGGAUCGCUUCCUGCCCCGGGACCUGUCGCCGUCCAUAGACCUGCGCCCCUGCAGCAGUCCCUUAGAGCUGAGCAGCAAUAAACCAGGGGGUCUCCCCAGCCCCUGCACCCGCCGCCCGGCGGGAUCCCGACUCCCACCCCGUCUGGCCUGGUGCAGCAUCGAUUGGGAGCAGGUGCGGGUGCUGGAGCCGCUGGGGUCCGGGGGCUUCGGCUCCGUCUACCGGGCCACCUACCGAGGUCAGACGGUGGCGCUGAAGAAGGUGAAGCGCUGCAGCAAGAACCGGCUGGCCUCCCGGCAGAGCUUCUGGGCCGAGCUGAAUGCCGCUCGCCUCCGUCACCCGCAUGUGGUGCGCGUCCUGGCCGCCAGCGCCUCCUGCCCCGGGGACCCUGGCAGCCCCGGCACCAUCAUCAUGGAGUACGCGGGCAGCAGCACCCUGCACCGCCGCAUCUACGGCCGCGGCCCCCCGCUCGGGAGAGACUGCUGCCUGCGCUAUGCGUGCCACGUCGCGGACGGACUGUGCUUCCUGCACCGGGGCGGGGUGGCUCACCUGGACCUCAAGCCGGCCAACGUGCUGCUGGCCCCGGGAGACCUGUGUAAGAUCGGAGACUUCGGCUGCUCGCAGCGGCUGCGGGCCGGAGAGGAAGGCGAGGACCCCGGCUACACCCAGCUGCGGCACCUGGGGGGCACCUACACCCACCGGGCGCCCGAGCUCCUCCGCGGGGAGCCGGUCACCGUCAAAGCGGACAUCUACUCUUUUGCCGUCACCCUGUGGCAGAUGGUGACCCGGGAGCUGCCGUACACCGGGGACCGCCAGUGCGUGCUGUAUGCGGUGGUCGCCUAUGACCUGCGCCCGGAGAUCGGAGAGGAGUUCCUCAGCACGGAGGCCGGCAGGGCGGCCACGGACAUAGUGCAGAGCUGCUGGGCGGCCCGGCCCGAGGAAAGACCCAGUGCCGAGGAGCUGCUGGAGAGGCUGCACGCUGUGGAGGGGUCUGCCGGGCCACACAGCCCGCCUGUGAAAUUGCUGGACGGGUGAUGGUGCCCUGACCGGCCGUGCCCAGCCUGACAUUCCCCUCAGGGACCUCUGCACCUUCCCUGGUACGUCCUACAUUCACCCAUCUGGUGCCCCUUACAUUGCAGCCAAGCACUGUGCUACCUGCUGGGCGCCUCCCGGGGCAGUGACGCCCUAGGCAUACGCCUAUGUGACUUGUGUGCUGCCUGUCCUGUACCUGGAGUCAUCUGCAGUGUGCCCAGCAUCAGCAUCGCCAUAGGGGGUUGUAUGGUGCUGCCCCAUGUGUAGUCUCCAUGUACUGGUGCCUGACUACACUCAGUGAAACAUAUGCAGUGUAUUGUGGUAGUCGGCUGUCCGUAUUGGCUGGUAGCACCUUUCCCUGGGUCACAGACCGCUAUGUAUGUGUGUUACAUGUUAGAUUUCUUUGAGACACUUCGGGUGUUCUGUCAGUACAAGGCCGUCCAAUAUGUAUUCGUAUUUAAUAGGAGUAACAAGUGAUGUGAUAAUCUUGGACUAUGUAACUCAAACAUUCCACAUGCCUUUAUACUGUGUUUGUUUUCCUGUUUUCUUUAUGUUAUCAGAUGUGUGUGAUUUGUGAGCUGAGGAAUACCCUGUGUAACACCUGUCCUUGUUCAUUUUCACCAUGGGGAUAAUUGAGAAAUAAAAAUGAAUAUUGAAGGUAAUAAAAAUGUGUGAUGGGCAAAUAGUCACAUCCCUCCUUUGUUGCAGUCAGAGGGAUUAAUGAAUAAGUCUAAUUAAUGAUAAAAUCGUUGGUUGUACACAUGGAUAAUUUCUUGUGUUAUUUAUGCAGUUGACUUUAUGACAUUUGCACAGUUCCUGUAAUGACUCCUGCAGUUUCCUCUCUCUUCGCUGCAUGAUUUCUUUUUAAACAUCCACAGUAACUAACUACUAGCUAGUUUAUCUGGAACGGACAGCUGGAUUUGGUGUGUGCAAUGUUCUAGUCUAAAUGCAGCAUACUAUACAGCAAGUGCUCUCACUGAGCAAACGGUUAUUUAUUUUUUUCUGUUGUGUGGGUAUAAAAAAAAAAAGUUAAAAUUUAAAGUAAUAUGGGUUUAUGUCGGAGUUAUUGGAGUAGUUGCAAGCGGGGGAAUUGUCACUGACUAGUACGUUAUUGGGCAGGAGUAAUACGGUGCCAUUUUCAAUGUGGUAGCUCGAGACUUAUGUGAGCUGAGGUGCUAGGUGCUCCUUUGUCUAUUUACUACUCUACUGACCUUAAGGUGAAGGAAAAAGCCCUAUAGGGGUAAUAGGCAAUUCAAUUUUAAUUGGCAUGCUUUUAGCUUAGGUAAUUAUUUAAUCUAAAAGUCUAUUCAAUUGGAAAAUCUAAUAAGCAGCAGCAAAUAAUUGGUCUCUGAUAAUUGCUAAUACCCCAUCCUAUAUAGAUGAUCAAACCUAAAAGGGGGUGGGGGAUGGGUAGCUGGUAACUGUCUUCGAUACUUGAUAUACUUGUAUAAUAACGCCAUAUCCUGCAGCUAUUUAAAAAAAAAAAAAAAAAUGUUUUGAGAUGUUUUUAUCCUGGAGCUCAAAAGGGGAAAGUAUGGAAUUCCUGAAACUCACCACAGUGGAUGGAGCCAUGGCAGUGGCUAGUCCAGGGUCCAGACUAUAAAAUCACAAAAAGGCAAGUGAUGUCAUUAGUCCCCUAGAACUAAUGACUGCUAUUCUACAGUAACAUUUGUACAGCCAACAAAUUGUCUGGUUUUGCUGUAUGUGAGUUUGUGUGUGUUUUGAAAUCUAUAAGAUGCUUUACACCACUAAGAUGCUUUAAAACUUAACCUUCAUACGUAUACUUUUAAAAAGACCAAAUAGUCUGUAUGUAAAAUGACAACACUUGUGUCGGCAUAUUUGUAAAGGUGAAUGUACCAGAAGUGAUUUCAAUUAUUUUAUUUUUAAUGUGAGCAGCUAUUACGUUCUACAUGUACACGUGUAUAUUUUUAUAAUAAAUAAAUUUUGUCUAAACCUC